GGGAGAGGAAGAGGGGGAGCGAUGGGGAGAGAGAAGAGGUGGGAGGGAGAGAAGAAAGAGAGUGGGGGUCAGGUGCUUGAAGUGACAAUUGGAGGGGCGGAGAGUGACAGAGUUUGGACUUUAGUGCAAUGUACACACACACACACACACACACAUGCAGCACAGACCGGUGUAUAACAGACGGAUAAGAGAACAGAAGUCCCAGAAGUAGUUAAAAGCCAGCAGCACGGAUGGAUCUUUUGUGAGGGGAUAGUGAGAACAUGGACUCCAUCAGAAUGCGACUGACCCAGCCCUCCUCCUCUUCCUCCCCCUGUUCCUCCUCCUCCUCCUCUUCCUCAGUCUGUCAUGUGCAGUCAGGAGGCGGGGCUGAAGCCGAUGAAGGGGGCGGGACCCUGACAGUGGAGGUGAAGCUUGUCCAAUCAGAGAGUCAGGAGGUGGGGCGUAACAGUGGCAUCACAGCUCUGGUGCUACGACAACCACAGUGUUACUGGAAGGUUCUGUACAUCUGUCUGGCUGGACUGCUGCUUCUCCUCUCAGCCUUCCUAUUGGCCUACGCAUUGUUUGGCAGCUCGUGCCCCUGUGGUACACGGGGGGAGACGGUUGCCGUGGCGAAGGCAAACCCCACCUCUCCAGGUGAGAUGCACAUGGGAGACCUGAGAGACAUGCUGAAGAGAUACCUGCAGGAUGAUGACAUAGAGAACACUGUGAGGAGGGUGAGCAGGGCUAGUCACCCCUCAGGGUCUCCAGAAGGAACUCUCCUGGCUGCUGACAUCCUGCACAGGUUCAGGCAGCUCCGCAUGGAUCACACCUGGACUGACUCCCACUACGCCACGCUGCAGUUCCCCUCCAGGACCCAGAAGAACAGUGUAUGGGUGGUGGACUCGGAGGGGGAGAUGUUGGAGGAGAUUCCUCUGGAGAACCCCGCAGCCUACUGUGCAUACAGUGCUAAAGGCACUGCUACGGGGGGAGUGGUUUACGCAAACUAUGGACGGCAGGAGGACUUUGAUUGGUUGCGUUCGGCAAAGGUGUCUGUGGCUGGCUCUGUGGUGGUGAUGCGUGUGGGGGGCGGGGUCAGCUAUGCGGAGAAGGUGUGGCACGCCCAGCGAGCGGGAGGAGGUGGCGCUCUCAUCUACCCCGACCCCGCAGACAUCCCCCAAGACCCGCGCAGGCUCGGCCUCAACAGUCACACAGCCAUCUCUGAACACGUGCACCUGGGAUCAGGUGAUCCGUUCACCCCAGGCUUCCCCUCCUUUAACCACACCCAGUUCCCGCCAACCCAGUCCUCAGGCCUGCCACUCAUCCCUGCACAGCCAAUCAGUGCCAACGUGGCCUCCAAACUGCUCAGCCAGCUGUCAGGCCCAGCAUGCCCCCGAGGGUGGCAGGGCCGGCUGGCCUACGUCAGCUGUGUACUGGGCCCCUCCUUCACCUCCCACCCCCCUGGCUCCAGGCUGCGCAUGGAGGUGCACAACCACAUGGCACCCGUCCUCAUCAACAACAUCUUUGCCUCCCUGGAGGGCAGGCUGGAGCCAGACCAGUACAUCAUCAUGGGGGCCCAGAGGGAUGCGUGGGGGCCGGGGGCGGUGAAGGCCGGCGUGGGGACUGCUGUGCUUCUGGAGCUCGCUCGCACCUUCACCUCCAUGGUGCAGAACGGGUUCUUCCCUAGGAGGAGUCUUCUGUUUGUCAGUUGGGACGCUGGAGAGUUUGGACACGUAGGAGCUACAGAAUGGUUAGAGGGUUACCUCUCCAUGCUGCAUCUGAAAGCCGUGGCAUACUUCAGCCUGGACCAGUGCAUUAUGGGUGAUGAUAUUCUGUCUGCCUACACCAGUCCUCUGCUAGUGGACCUGAUAGAAGGAGCCAUCAAACAGGUGGAGCAUCCUAAGCAUGUGGGCCAGAACAUCCACAGCCAGGCAGAGAAGGAGGGAGGCAGCUGGAGGAUUAUCAAGCCUCUCUACCUGAACAGUGGAGCGUACAGUUUCACAGCCUUCGCUGGAGUCCCAGCCAUGGAGCUGCGCUUCACAGAGGAGCGGGCCUACCCGUUUGUCAACACCCCGCUGGACAGCCCCAGCCGCCUCCAGGAGGUGCUGGGGGGGCGCCUGGGGGGGGUGGGGCGGAGCCUAGGCCAACUGGUGGGGCUGAUGGUGCUGCGAUUGGCUCACGACCACAUCCUGCCUCUACGCAUCACUUCCUACUCUCACACUGCCUUGCAGUUCAGCGCCCAACUCAACAAACACUCCACCGAGCUGCAGGCGCGAGGCCUUUCUCCUCAGUGGGUGUUCAGUGCCAGGGGAGACUACAGCAGAGCAGCAGAGCGGCUGCAGACGACCAUCAUCAACAGUGACCUGCAGGAUGAGACCAUGACACGCAUACACAACACCCGCAUCAUGAGAGUGGAAUACUACUUCCUGUCCCAGUACGUGUCGACGGUGGAGACUCCGUUCCGGCAUGUUCUGCACGGCCGAGGCGAGCACACACUGAGCGCGCUCACCGAGCACCUGGCCUUGCUGACCUCCGACCCUGAGCGCUUCGACGAGGCACGUUUCCGACGGCAACUGGCUCUUUUCACCUGGACCCUGCAGGGGGCUGCUAACGCCCUGAGCGGAGACGUCUGGAACAUAGACCAUGCCUUCUGAUCCUCUCACAUACACACACACACACACCACACACACACACCAUACACACACACCAUACUUCACACACACGCCAUGUUCUUUCUGUGAGUCUGGAGCAGGUGCGCCUCUGAGGGUGCAUUUGAUUAAUGUGUAAUUUGAGGAGGAGUUGCACAUGGCCUCCUGCUACCCAUGUGCUUCACUGCCACUUCCUAGAGAACGACCUAGCAUACAUCCAAGCAUAUUACCUAGUGUACCACCUAGCAUACCACCUAGCAUACUAGCUAGUGUACUACCUAGCAUACCACCUAGCAUACCACCUAGCAUACUAGCUAGUGUACCACCUAGCAUACCACCUAGCAUACUACCUAGUGUACCACCUAGCAUACCACCUAGCAUACUACCUAGUGUGCCACCUAGCAUACUACCUAGUGUGCCACCUAGCAUACCA